UAUAACGUGAUGCUUGGUAGUUUUUUUUAAUUAUAUAGGUAUGCUUUUUAGCUUACCCUAGUCCUUUGGGUUUGUUGGGGAGAUGCAAGAGGAAUGUUUCACUUGGCAGGGUGCUAUAGGCUUUAAUCUUGUGUUUGUGUAAUGGUGGAAACGGACACAGUGAGUCAGAGAGCAGGACAGAUAAAAAGAUGUCCGAUGACAAAACAAGUUCAGUGGUUCACGUUGUGGUCGGUGUUGACGUUGGUGGGACCAACACCGAUGCAGUAGUUCUUAGUCAAGGAUCCACAGUGAUUGCCGCAGUGAAAGAGCCAACAUCAGCUGAUGUCACUACCGCUGUCCGGAAUGCCAUUCACGCCGUUCUCCAACAGGCCACAGACAAUGGACAUAGGGUAGCUGUGGUGCAGGUCAACAUUGGAACCACCCACUUCGUAAAUGCUGUUGUACAGGGUAGAGGACUUGCACGGGUCUCUGUGAUACGUCUUUGUGGUACUGCAUCUCUAGCUCUUCCACCUUUCAGCGAUUUUCCUCUAGAUCUUAAAGAAGUCAUAUGUGACAGUGUUCACCUCGUUGAUGGCGGCUAUAGAUUUGAUGGUAAGGAAAUUGACCCUGUUGAUGAGAAACAGAUAACUGAUACCCUUUGUCAAAUAAAGGAAAAGAAGAUAAGAAACAUUGUUGUGUCAGGAAUAUUCUCUCCUGUCAAAACCGACCAAGAAGAUGCUGUUUUUCAAAUUAUCGCGAACAAGUAUCCAGAAGCCUCAGUUACACUGUCUCACAAGAUUGGACAUAUUGGAUUACUGGAAAGAGAGAAUGCUGCUAUACUAAACGAGUGUCUGAAACCAAUUUGCAAGAUGACAGUUGAAGGUUUUCAGACUGCACUAGCAAGUGUUGGUCUGUCCUGUCCAAUGUAUUUGACUCAGAACGAUGGCACCAUCAUCAGCUCUGAUGAAGCUCUGUUGUAUCCAGUGUACACCUUUGCAUCAGGACCCACAAACAGCAUGCGAGGAGCAGCUUUCUUAUCAGAUGUCAAGGAUGCCAUCGUUCUUGAUAUUGGAGGCACAACCACAGAUGUAGGUGUUCUGAAGAACAGGUUUCCAAGAGAAGCUUCCACCCAAGUAAAGAUUGGAGGGAUCAGGACGAACUUUCGAAUGCCAGAUGUUCUCAGUAUUGGCCUUGGUGGUGGGUCCUAUGUCACAGAAGAAACAGACGGUUUGCUGACUAUUGGACCGUUCAGCGCAGGGUACAACCUAAAGAAUGAAGCUUUCAUAUUUAGUAAUGGCAACACCGAUUCUGGACGAACCUUAACUACGUCUGAUGUUGCUGUUGCAGCUGGAUUGAUGAAACUUGGAGAUGCAAAAUAUGUUCAACAUUUAUCAAAGGAAUUGGUUGAGAAAGUGCUUGCAAAGAUAGUUAUCAUGAUUGAAGAUGCAAUCGAUAUGGUCAAGCUGAGUGGGGAAACACUACCUGUCCUUCUUGUUGGUGGUGGAAGUGUUCUGGUUGACAGGAAUGAGGAAAUUAAAGGUGCCUCAGAAGUCAUUAUCCCCGAGUAUUCAGGAGUUGCCAAUGCCAUUGGUGCUGCACUGAGUCAGGUGUCUGGCAGUUCUGAUAGUAUUGUAUGUCUUCAGGAUACGGUGGAUCAAGAACAGAUGGAUCAAGCUCUUGAAGCCACUCAGGCAGCAGUGGAUGAUAAAGAUGUAAAGAAAGUCGAGCUCGCUGCAGAACAAGCUCGAAAGCCAUUUUUUAUCAAUGCCAGAGAUACAGCUUUAGAAAAUGGAGUACGUGAAGCCAAGCAAAUAGCAGUAGAUUGUGGUGCUGACCCAACAUCUGUUGAAAUUACACAGAAGGAGGACAUGACUCUGUCCUAUAUCCCAGGUCAAGCAGUGAGAAUAAAGAUAAAGGCUGUUGGCAAUUUAAAGAAUUUGCAAUCAGCAAAUGCGAAAGAGUGGAUCCCUAGCCCAUUGAAAAAAGAUGAAUCAGUGUCUGGUGGCAAACUUGAAAAACAAACAGGGACCUCAACUGGGAAAACACUUGCAGGUGACAAUGAGGCAGGAGAUGCAACAAAACACCCAGUGGAUCCUCAGAUCGACCCUCAUACUGGAGAGUGGAUUCUCUCGGAAUGGGAUUUAGAGGCAAUUGUGAUUGGUUCAGGCAUUUUUGGGUGUGGUGGUGGUGGAAAUCCUCAUAUUGGUAGACUUCUAGCUCUUAAGAAAAUACGAGAGGGAAAGGAAAUACGUAUAAUUUCCCCAGAAAAACUGUUUGAUAACUCAGAUCUACACAACGACCUUGUUGCUGUAAUCGGGGCUAUGGGGGCCCCAUUGAUAUCAUAUGAACAGCUUGCAUCUGAUGAAACAACUGGAGCGUUGAGAUGUUUGGAUGAUCUGUACACCAUUGGUGGCUACAAGGAUGGCAUGUUGCAGAACACAGAGGGAGUUGAAAUCAAGACGAAAGAUGGGAUGGUAUAUAUAGAGAAUUACCAGGCCAGGGUAUCAAUGGAAAAACCUAAACGGAUAAUUGCUUUGAUGUCUGGUGAGAUCGGAGGAAUGAAUGCGAUUGAACCUCUUCUUGUGUCAGCUGACCUGGGCCUGCCUGUUGUUGAUUCUGAUGGCAUUGGACGGGCAUUUCCCGAGUUGCAGAUGUUUUGUCCAUAUAUGUAUGGAGUGUCUGCUCAUCCUGCAGCUUUAGUAGACGACAGAGGCACACGAGCUGUAAUGCUGCAAACACCUUCACCAAAACAUCUCGAAAAUCACUUCAGAGAUACAGUUAUUGGGAUGGGAUGUUCCGCAGGAUUAGCAAGCCCUCUCAACAAAGCUGACAUAAUGGAAAAAACGGUCCUAUACACGUUCAGUCAUGCGUGGAAACUCGGUGAUGCUGUUCUAAAAGCCAGAAUAGAAAAGACGUCCCCCAUUGAGGCCAUUUUAAAAACAGAAAAAUCUGUCCACAUCAUCACUGGCAAGAUCAGGGACGUGCAGAGGGAAACAAGUGGAGGAUUCAACAGAGGGAAGGUUAUCAUUGAAGGGCUUGACUGUUUUUCUGGACAAACCAUAUUGGUUGAUUUUCAGAAUGAAAAUCUGGUUGUAUUCCCCUUGGAUGCCGAGAAGAAAGCUGGGAAGCCAGUUGCAUGUGUCCCAGAUCUCAUCACCAUCGUUGAUGCGGACACAGCCGAGCCUAUUCCGACAGAAGAGGCGAAAUAUGGAAUUCGAGUUGCUGUCCUUGUACUGGCCUCUCCAGAUAUACUGCGAACCGAUCAGGCUUUGCGAUUUGUUGGCCCUAAAGCUUUCCAUUAUGAUGAUGUUGAGUUCAGACCAAUCGGAGACGCGUAUCCUGUUCAACCAAUACCCCCAAGGCACUGAGUAUAUUCAGAAUUGACCAACUGAACAUAGAUUUUAAUGACACAGAUUCAUUCAUUUCAUUUAUUUUGAAAACAAUGUAAGUUUUCAUAAACUAUGCAGAUAAGUAGCCUUAAGUAUAUUUAACUAUCCGGAAAGUCUCGUUAUGAUUAUGUAGAUGUACUCCAUUAAACAGAAUAUUUGUAGUUUGAUUUACCUAUAGACACGUUCAGCGUAAACAUGUGAUUUGUCACUGGUAUAAUGUAUGUUAUUGGCCUGACGGGAGUGGGCAUAUGCCGUUACUCAAGACUGGAAAAACAAAUGCAUCAGCUGUUUCAGGUAUAUUAGUGAUCAGAUAUAGUUCAAUAACGGUUGAACAGCCAAUACCCUUCUUGUGAUUCAUCCAUCUGAACUAGAAAUUAAAGCAACCAGGGAAACAGCCUCAUACAGACAGUAUAAUUUCCACUUAUAUUUCGAAUUUUGUGUAUUGUGAUUUGCUUCUCAGUGAAGGUGAGAUGCUGAGUCAUCAGAUAUCAUAUGUACAGCAGAUUAAUGUUUCGUGAGCAUGCAUGUACUAAAAAUUUGUGUACAAAUGUCUUACAUUGCAUGUAUUUAGGAAGUGUAUUGUGUGUAUAGUAUUUUGUUUAUCAUCCAUGCCAAACCGUUCAUAAGUUUUAUGUUUCGAGCAAUGGGGGAAAGGAGCCACGACUAAAAAUAUCACAUUUCCCCCGUACCAGAUGGGAGAAACAUAUUUUACGAGAUACAUGGAAUAUUCCAUUUAUUAUAUAAUAUUUCUGUGAAGAAGCCUUCCGGAAAAAAAAAAAUCAUUACAAAUGUAAAACCUUGACACGUAACUUCUCACUACCUGACACGCAGGGACGUUUAACCACAC